AUCAAAUCUCCCAAAGGGAUUGUCCGUCACCGAUCUUCCACGAGAUAUUCUCCUGCCCGGCGCUUCUGAAGCCUCUGUGGGAUGGCUGCGGCCCAGCACACCGAGGAUGCUGCCGUGUCACAAUCCAGCACAAUGUUCGACGAUGCAGGUCCUCUGGCCGACCCCCAGGAACGGCGAGUCAUCUUCGCCGCCUUGGAUUCCUUUCACCAGUACCGGAGAAACGCACACUUCAACACAACGCAUCGAAGGCGGCAAAAUCUAUACGCUCUCCCGUCAGCCCAAUGGCAAAUGCUUGCAGCUCCCCCCUUUUCGAUCCUCGACGCCCUAAACGCUGUUGACGAUGCAUUGGACCAUAACGCCGACUUGGCAGACCGAAUCUUUCACCUGGGAUUAGGCGCAUUUGAGCUUCCGGAGAAACCGCCCAAAGACCCGGAGAUGAACUGGCAAGGCAAGGCCAAACCGAACGACAUCUCCAAAGCUCACUCUACCAUCCGUCAAUUCUACAGGGACUGGACUCACGAAGGAUUCACUCUCGAGGUCGAGCCGCUCCUCAAGACGAUACUCUCAGACCUGGAGUCAAAUCUCCCCGCGGUACAACCCCAUAGCCAGCCUCCAUCACUCCUGCUGCCAGGUGCCGGACUCGGUCGCGUACUGUUUGAGCUCGCCCUGCGCGGCUUUCAGGCGACAGGCAACGAGAUCUCCUAUCACCAACUGCUCGCGAGUAAUUUCAUUCUCAACAGCACCGAACAAGCCAACCAGUACCCGAUCUACCCCUUUGCACAUGCAUUCACCAACGUCGUCUCUCGAGCCAACCAGCUCAGACGCUACACAGUUCCGGACGUCCACCCCGGCGAAGCCUUCUCCGCCCGGCUUUCCGCCGGGUUACCGGUGGGUGAAAUGAACAUGACCGCGGGGGAUUUCGUGCUCUCCUACUCCACCCCGGAAUCCAAGGAGACGUUCGAUGGGGUGGUGUCGCUCUUCUUCAUCGACACGGCCCCAAAUCUCUUUCGCUAUAUCGAGACGGUGCGGAAUUGCUUGACGGUGGGCGGCGUGUGGAUCAACAUCGGCCCCCUCCUGUGGCACUUUGACGAUCGUGCGCCAGGAGGAAGCACCGCCGAAGACGACGCCGAGGACGACGACGGAGCGGGCGAAGAGAACAUGCAUCCCGGACCUGGCUCCAAAAGCCAGCCAAAGCCCGGCUUCGAAGACAAAGGGAUCGGCGAACCGGGAUCCUUCGAACUCGCGGACGAGGAAGUCAUCCUCCUCGUUUCACGCAUGGGGUUUGACGUGAUUACGCACGAGAUCCUUCCCGCUGAUUCAGGCUACAUUCAGGACCCGAACAGCCUGUUGCAGAAUCGGUACCGUUGCAGCCACUGGGUCGCGAGGAAAGCUGCUUGAUCGUUAUUCGACCCCACGUCGACCUCUUUCGUCCCUUUUCUGAUCGAUUCCAGCACAUGCGCGAUUCCAUCUAUCCACAGUCGAUGCCAUCAAAGAGCCAAAAUGCGUGUUUCAUCCCGCAGGAGUUGUAGAUAUCACCAUUUAUAUAGAUAUGACCAGCUUACCCCGACGAGGAGCUCC